UUACUCACACACACAGUCACUCACACACACACACACACACACACCCUCACGGGAUGGCUUUAACGGGUAUGUUACCGUCCAUCGCCACCUUCGCUACUCCCAGGAGUUGGGAGAAACCCGACCAUCUCAACCAGAAGUGGAAGAACGAGUUGGGCUUCCGAACAGCGCAUCAGCCUUCCUACCAAAUGACGGACGUUAUGCAGUACAUAGGGAACUUCACAGGGAACAAGAGGGAUGAGGAAGACUUGGCCAACUACCUGGACCUGGAUUUUAUCCUGUCCAACACCAUGAGCGGUGUGACCGUUGACCAGGCGCCUUCGGCAGAUUAUUGCCUACCCUUGGAAGAAGCCAAUGACAUUUACCCAAAGCCCAACGACUCCUCUGUCAACAGCUACAACUUGCCAGAGUCCAACAACCAACGUCCACCACCUCCCGCCUACAGCAUGAUGGCUGAGCUCCUUCGCCCGGACGCGGGUGACUACUGUUUGCCCAAUAGUAAUCCCCAUCAGCAACAACAACAACAACCGCAUCAACAACAGCAGCAACAACAACAACAUCAUCACCACCAUCAUCACCAUCACAGUAACAACAUCCAGUGUAACUUUCUGCUCACUCCGGCCUUUGGGAGCGAGGACUUUCUCAAAGUGCCCAAAACCGAGCCGGGCACCGAGGGUUACGGCCAACAAGUGUUGGGUUUGGUGGCGGCGCCCCAAUGCCAGAAGAUCAAGCAGGAGGAAGAGGUGGACAGCAAUGUGACGGCUUGCAUGGUGGCUUACAGCGAGCACAUGCGGUUGAGCGGCUCCCCUCACUCUGGGGGUAGUGUCACUCCACCUCUCAGCCCUGAUGAUCUGAUGAAAGCAGAGUGUCAGCAAACCCAACUCAUGUGCCCCUCCAACCCGUCCUACUUGCAAGGCUACCACCACCAUCAACACCAACACCAUCAACACCACCACCACCACCAACAGCAGCAACACGUUGCAGGUUUCGCCCACCAGCUGCAGUACCCCAACGAGUUUGGCCUCUUCGAAGACCCGGCCAACCUGCAGCCCUCCCCGGCUCAGAGGCUCAUGCUCACCCCACCCUCCUCACCCCUCGAGCUGCUGGAGAACAGCAAGCCCAAGAGAGGCCGCAGGUCCUGGCCUCGCAAGAGGACAGCCACCCACACGUGUAGCUACACAGGCUGCGGCAAGACCUACACCAAGAGCUCCCACCUCAAAGCUCACCUCAGGACACACACAGGUGAAAAACCUUAUCAUUGCAACUGGGACGGUUGCGGCUGGAAGUUUGCACGUUCCGAUGAGUUGACACGUCACUACCGCAAGCACACGGGCAUUCGCCCUUUCCAAUGCCACCUGUGCGAGCGGGCAUUCUCCAGGUCUGACCACCUCGCCCUCCACAUGAAGAGGCACAUUUGAGGAGGAGGUGGGGGCGGUGGGGCGGGGGAGAAAGGGGAAAAAAAACGCUGCGUCAUCCACAGGAAGAACACCCCCCGCCCCCCCAAAAUUUUAUACAUUAAAAAAAAACGAACAAUUUU